UGGGUUUGUACUAGAUUACUAGUAUGUAAAUUGCAGAAAGAGUCCCAUGGCUGAGUAAGUCACACGAAGGGAUGGAAGAUCUAUGGAGGGAGAGAAAAGCUUAUCCCCUCUUGGGUCUUAUGUCUAUAGGUGUUAUUCUUUACCUGAAUUUCGGCGACAAGCUUUCAUUCCCGAUUCUAUGGCAGCCAAAGAUGAGUUUUGUCGGUACCAACUCCACCCGAUUUGUCAUCAACGAUGAUAAUGGCGAACAAUCAAUAUUCUACGUUAAUGGGUGGAAUUCGUACUGGUUGAUGGAGGAAAGUGUGUGGAGUACUUCGAGGUAUAAGGUUUCUGAGAUGCUCAAGAGAGGAUCCCAGAUGGGGAUGACUGUUUGUCGGACAUGGGCAUUCAGUGAUGGUGAUCGUCAUGAUUCUCUUCAGUUCGCACCUGGGUUCUUCAAUGAAAAGGUUUUCCAGGGCUUGGAUUUUGUGAUAGCUGAAGCAAGGAAACAUAAGAUAAGGUUAAUCCUUAGUCUAGUAAAUAACCUGGACGCCUUUGGUGGAAAAGCUCAGUAUGUAAAAUGGGCACAAGAAGCUGGAGUCAAUGUCUCAUCCUCGACUGAUUCAUUUUUUUCACAUCCAACUAUAAAGAGAUACUACAAGGAUUACAUUAAGGCCAUUGUGGCAAGAAAGAACUCAAUAACUGGGCGGAGAUAUUCUGAAGAGCCAGCAGUAUUUGCUUGGGAACUCAUAAAUGAGCCACGCUGCACAUCUAGUUCGUCUGCUCCUCUUCUUCAGACUUGGAUUACAGAAAUGGCAUCAUUUAUCAAGAGUUUGGACCAAAAACAUCUGGUGACCGUCGGACUCGAAGGGUUCUAUGGACCAAAAACAACUGAAAGAUCUGGAGUGAAUCCUGGGGAAUGGGCAGCCUUGCUUGGAUCAGAUUUUAUACAGGACUCAGCAAUUGAAAAUAUUGAUUUUGCUUCUGUUCAUGCAUACCCUGAUAGCUGGAUCUCUGGUGCUGAUCUGGAAGAAAAAGCACAUUUUCUUUCACGUUGGGUGGAUUACCAUAUACAUGAUGGAGAGAGUGUGCUGAAAAAACCAGUCCUUUUCACUGAGGUUGGCUCUUCAAUGCACAGAACAAAUGAUACAGCUUUACUGAAGAUUAUUUAUGAUAAAGUAUACGAGUCAGCAAAGAAAAAGGAGGCUGGAGCAGGAGCCUUAAUUUGGCAGUUUCUCGUUGAAGGAGUGGAGAGCUAUAGUGAUCAAUUCUCCCUUGUAGCAUGGGAUCAUCCUGCUACUUAUAAACUGAUUUUAGAACAGUCAUGCAGACUGCGAAUCAUGUUUGAGAAAGGUGAAGCAGACAAGAAAGUUAACCAUGCAGAUCUUUGUUUUGGCAGUUAGGCUGUUGAUGGAUAUUGUUAAAUUGAUUGUUAUUCCAAAUUUGUCUGCAUUAAAUGAGAAAGAAAGUCCAAAAUGUUGAGGGACAUACCUUUUUUCUGUUCCUGAUGGCUUGAUGGGGAUCUGUUAUGAGAGAUUUUAACAGAAGUAUCAAGUUCAUGUGGGGAAAUUUGAGCUGAGAUGGGUUCUAUAUGAAAAUGCUCACCAACUAGUGUUAGCCAAGCUUAUUAUUUUACUGGUAUUGCUUCAUCAAAGGUGUAAAUGUUGUAAUGUGAUUAUUUGUUGUAACAUACAGAAUGUGAUUGUUGAUAUAUACCAAAA